AUGGAUAAACACGGUCAUAUAGCUCAUCAGGAAGGCAAUGUUUGUUUUUAUAUCCCAGCGUUAUUCGAAUACAACAGUUAUUAUAAAGGUACAGAGGAUGUUCGAGUAUUUGUUAGAGACUUGAAGUACUGGAUGAGAUGCUCCAUAUAUAUUUGUGAAAAAUACUAUGAUCGCCGGCUAUCAAUGCUAUUCUGGAAAAAUCAUCCUUUACAACAAAUACAUCUCAUUGGCUGUGUCGUUGGAUUCCAAUACAAAUGGAUAGGGAAUCAGGAAUACAUUUUCUUUCAGUUGGAUGAUUGUACCUCAGAUUCUUUGUUAGUAGGUUAUAGUAGUGAUAUGAGAUUUUUAACAUGCAAAGUUAACAAGAACGUCAUUAUGUCAUGUGGAUUGAACAUAACCGAUUUAACAGGGUCUACGCUCCAUGUUUACGGGAAAAUAUGUUUAAAUUAUCAAGAGUUGCAAGUUAAGUACUUGAAAAUAUGUCAUACCCUAACAGAAGAAAUAGAUCAUUGGAAAAGUACAAUAGAAACACGGGAAAAGCUUGAAAAACCUUGGUUCCUAAGUGAUUCUGUAAUUGGAGAGCUAUUUACGCAAGAGCAGGACUGGGCACCUGAGGAAGCCCAAAUGGAGGUGGUAAAUGAGGAUUUUGUAAGUCUUGGGUACAAAACUCCGGAACAUAAAAAAAAUAAAACAACAUUUAUUGAGCAACUGCAAGAAGAACGCAUGAAGGAUGAACUGGAGAUUACUAGUCCAUAUGAUAGUACUAAUACUUCAACUAGUCUGCAUUCUUUGUCAUUUCAGUUCAUAUCGUCACUCAAGGACUUAUCUGAUACUCAUUUUCUAAACUCUUCUAAUCAAAUUGAUAAUGAUGAUGAAAAAUCAUUAGGAAUACUAGGAUGUGAAUGCACAGACCCAAGUGUGACGGUACCAAAUAAAACAUCGGCAAAAUCAAGCUUAAUGCUGACUUUAUUAGAAGUACGAAUGAAAGAGAUCUCCAAUUAUGACCUUUACGAGUUACGGGAAGUACGGAACAUAGUAACUAGCUUAGCAUCGUUUCAUUUUCAACAACAAAAUGUUGGCAUCAUGAAAUCUUUCGAUACUUUGGAAAUUGAAGCAUUUCAGGAUCUAGUUCACCUUCUUAUCAACCAAGGUUUAGUCGCAUUAAAAGAUACGGAAGGUAAGAUGCUCGAUUUGUUGCCCUUGAAAAAACUGUUUGAAUACGCUCAAAAACGAAUAUUGGUACUAAUGAAGCUUCGGUGCUAUACGGGUACCAUUGAACUUAAUCAUGUCCAAGAAAAGCUGCAUUUGCCGUCAGUAACAAUAAACGGCAUCGUUGAUGUUUUCAAAGAAUGCCUUAGAAAAACAACGAAACAGUAUCCCCAGACGCUAAAAAAUUGGUGGAUUGAUCUUGAAUCCAGGAAAAACCUCGAUGGACAAAGUAGUGGAAUUCUAUUGCAUUUGGAAUACGCCUCUAACUCAUGA